AUUAUUUUCCACAAAUUUAGAGCCAUUUACAUCGAGAUAUAAUGAAGAACGGUACAGACACCACCACCGCCGGAACCACCGCGCCUUUGUCGGCUAAAGUUAGCCCGGCGGCAAAGAAAACACUUCUAAUCCUGAAUUGUAUUCUUUUAUCCAUCGGAAACUGCGGUGGUCCAUUAAUCAUGCGCCUCUACUUCAUCCACGGCGGCAACCGCGUCUGGUUGUCGUCGUCACUCGAAACCGCCGGCUGGCCGUUCAUCGUCGUCGUCCUCGUAAUCCUCUACUUCCUCCGCCGAUCCGCCGGAAAACACGAAAACAACAACAACAACAAACCAACCACCAUCAUCUACAUGCGUCCACGGUUGUUCUUCGCGGUGGCAUUCAUCGGAAUCGUCACCGGACUAGACGACUACCUCUAUGCUUACGGCGUGGCCCGCCUCCCAGUCUCCACCUCCUCCCUCAUCAUCGCCUCCCAGCUGGGUUUCACGGCGUUCUUCGCCUACCUUCUGGUGAAACAGAAGUUCACACCGUACACCAUCAACGCGGUGGUGCUUUUGACGGUGGGUGCGGCGGUGCUGGCGUUGCAUACAAGCAGUGAUCGGCCGGCGGGAGAGAGUAAGAAGGAAUAUACGUUAGGGUUUGUGAUGACGGUGGCGGCAGCGUUGCUGUAUGGUUUUAUAUUGCCGUUGAUAGAGUUAACGUACAAUAAAGCAAAGCAGGGGAUUACGUAUACAUUGGUGUUGGAGAUUCAGAUGGUUAUGUGUUUGUUUGCUACUAUAUUUUGUACGGUUGGAAUGAUCAUCAACAAUGAUUUCAAGGUGAUUCCAAGGGAGGCAAUGGAUUUUGAGUUGGGGAAAACUAAAUAUUACAUAAUAAUGUGUGUUAGCGCUUUAAUUUGGCAAUGCUUCUUCUUGGGAGCCAUUGGAGUGAUCUUUUGUUCAUCGUCAUUGCUAUCUGGGAUCAUCAUCGCCGUUCUCCUUCCAGUGACAGAGGUUUUAGCUGUCGUGUUUUAUAAAGAAAAGUUUCAAGCCGAGAAAGGUGUUGCACUUGUUCUGUCUCUAUGGGGAUUUGCCUCUUACUUCUAUGGAGAGUAUAAGUUGACAAAAAAGUCGAAAAAUAACACGGAGUCUUCUCAGCCAUCAACGGAGUUGGCUCAAACUAAUUACUCAUCUGUAUGAUCAUAGAAGUUUAUACGCUUACAUUUGAUUUUGUAUUUCCACUAAAGUUAGUUUUUCGAAGCUAAAAUUAUAAAAAUAAAUUAUAAUCCAAUGUCCAAUAUAUUAUUUUAUGGA